AUGUUUGAUGCUUACCUGGACGUGCUAAACAGUGUUGGGCAAAAGCGCCAGCGCAGCCCUGCUACGUCUAGUGCCAAAACCAACCCUAUACCUACGAACUUGCCGCCAGAGGGCUCACCGCCGCAGGCGACGGAGGCAGAUCAUGAGGCGGACGAUGGCGACUCGAAAAGUUCUACUUCUUCGGAGGCCAGCGACGUCUCCGACUUCUUCGACACGCUCACGGAGCUGUACCUGUUUUUCCGUGACGCGGACUUAUCACGCCGUGAAGUCAACAGACUGCUUAACAUAUUCCGUAACCCUCAGUUCAGUUUGAAGGAAUUACGCAAGUGGCGCAGCUACGCCGACGUGAAGCGAUGGGGGAAAGAGCGUGCGCCGCCAGAUAUGGUUCCAUGGAAAACAGAGCAUAUCGUCGUGCACGGGCCCAGAGGAAUGUCCCAAAAGCUUCUCUUGCACUUCCGCGACACAGAGCUGCUUGUGAAGAAGCUAGUCCGCAUUUUUUCGCGGAGGAAGGGUUUCGUGUGGAAGCCACAGGAGAAGUACAACGAGAAGGGGAAGCGCGUUUUCGAGGGGCCAGAAACAGGCACGUGGAUGCACGAGGCGCAGAAAGAGAUCAAGGACGACAAGGCUCUGAUUCUCGGGGUCAUCGUGUACAGCGACAGCACUCAGGCGUCGCGCAACGGGCGGCGGAAUGCGUGGCCUGUUCUGAUAUCGCUUAUUAACAUUCCGGAGGAAUUGAGGUGGUUUGAGCCGGGCCACACUCUUGCGGCAGUGUUGCCAUUCUGUCCGGAAUGGGCUAGUCCGACAGAGAAGGCCCGUGUUUUCCAGGAGGCGCUGAAGAUCAUCCUAGGGCCCCUGAUGCGGGAAACCGCAAGUGCUCCUGUGAGGUACUUUUAUGUGACAGACGCCACCGGCAAUGUGGUCAAGGCGGUACCUUGCCUCUAUGGGUACCCUGGUGACUAUCCAGAGAACAGUAGGGCCUCAGCCACGCUGCAGACGGGCACUCAUCGCCCCUGCGCUAACUGCUAUGCAGAAGUGGGAGAGCUGAAACGGCUGACUGCUAGAAUAGAUCCACGCACACCUGAGCGGCAGAAGGACAUUUGCGUGCUGGCGCGGUGGAACUUUGGGAACACCACCUGGGGGAACGUCUACCUCGCAUGUUUGGCUGACAUUUUACACGUGCUGGACUCUGGUGUCUUCGUACACAUGAUGGAAGAAUACCUUUCCCCCCUGGGGAAAGUCGAGAUCCGCAUCCUGGAGAGGCGGAAGAAGGAGUUCAAAAGCGAUACUCCAAGUGUGCUGCUGCGGAUUCCUGGGGGAUCAUCAUUCUUCCUUUCUGGUGCCAACAAUGCGGCGUUCGAACAUCGUGCCAUGAUGCAAAUCAUGCCGAUCCUCAUUGCGGAUUCUAGUGCCUUGAAGAAGGGCGAGGCGGGAGAGUUGAGGGCGCUGCAGAUUAGAGCAUUCCGUUAUUACGCCCUGUUCUACAAGGCGUUUUUGGGAGUGGCGGCGCACACCCGUGCCACGCUGAAAGAGGCCAAGCAACGUGCUGUUGCAACCUCUGAGCAACACAACUGUAUGCUAUGCAGGCUGAUGGAGCUACUGCCCAAAGCUUUCCCAGACCAGGCGUCAAAGUGGGAAAUUCCCAAGAUCCACAUGAUCAAGCAUCUUCUCGAGAACGUGGAAGCAAGGGGGAUGCCACACCACUACAGCACGGAGAUGUGGGAGCGCACUCACAAGGGGACAGUGAAGGGUCCCGUGAGGGGGAGCAACUGGGCUGACAUUCCGAGGAGAAUUGUGGAUGAGGAGAUGCAGCGGGAGAUUUACAGAGAAGUGGCGGCCGAUGCGGGAGGAGGUCGGCAGUACGUGUCAGCGCUGCGUGUGGUGAGUGUUUGGGUGCAAGCAAGACUAGGGGUGGUGCGCUGGGCGACUCACGCCCUGUACCAAGUGCGUGUUUGCUAUGCACUCUCAUUCAGUGCAUGCUGUGUCGCCGGUGGUUGUGUGCGGCAGGCCGUGGAAGAGAUGGAGCCAGUGCUAACGAAGAAGUUCAGGGUCAUGCGCCUCGGAGGCACCGCGGACAAGGUGUUUGCCGAGUACGCAGCGGUAUUUGGGGAUCAGAUGGCGGGCCUACCAGGUCAGCUGCGGGAGAUGCAGUUGAACCCUGGCAGUGUGCAGACACACACAGCAGUGGCCAUACCACGUACGCAGGGUGGGGUGCUUGUGGCGAAGGGGACGUUCGUCAAGGCGUCCCCGCGAGAGAACCUGUUCUCAGAUUUGGCACUCCUGGCUCCUGAAGGCGGGGAUUGGUUUGCUAGAUGCCUAUGUAUUUUCAAGGCGUUGAACGCGGAGGGCAAGUGGACUGGGUGUGCCUACGUGAGUAUGAGCUCGGUGAAGCCCCCGUUGAAGGACAUCGUACAGAAGCUGAAAGUGCUCCCCGACGAUGUGUUUCUGUUUGUGGAGAUACCGUUUAUGCCCAGCCGGUUGCCGAAGACCAAGAUACCGGGGAGGAACGGAACCCCGUGCGACCGGAUCAUAAGUGUCGGCUUCUUGUACAAUGCGACGGGGACCUGCACCACGGUGCCCCUUGUGGUGUUGCGCCAUGACGAGCGCCCCGAACCUAGGCGCAGCGGGGAUCCUGCACCGGCGGUGAUUGUGCGCUACACGAAGAGUGGGCGCCUCACACCAGAGGUGUUUACCGAGUUUUUUCAGACGGUUGAUGGGGUGCAGCUUAGCCGUGGAAGGAAGACGGUUGUGUUCACCUACAACACGGCGCACCGCAUUACCGCGAAUGACGCGGAGACCACGGUGGAGCAUGGGCUGACUAUGGUGCAUUUCACGCACACACGCUUUGUGGACCUGACAGACGUUGUGCACUGGUCCAGUAUGCCGUUUUUGCACGGCGUGGUGGACGCUUUCAAGGCUGAGUAUCGUGUGAUACUGAUGAGACGCGCGGUGCGGUCCAAUCUGUUCCACGAGGAUUUCGAGGCGCCGAUUUCCCUGGUGAAUUACGGUGUUAUGCUGCUGUGGGUGGGCUUGGCAUGGAAGGCGCUGACGGCGGCAACGAUGCAAAGGAGCUGGUGGAGGGCGGGAUGCGUCCCGGAGUCAUGGUGGGAGCUGAUGUGGCACCUGCACGGCAUGUACUCGGCCGGCAUGUACGAUCCCCUGGUCUCUACCACGGCGGACCUCCUGGUGCUGCUACGUGAGUUCCGUGUGCGGCCGGCUAUUUAUAUGCCGGUGUCCGAUUACGUGACAUGCGAUGAGUGGUUAAUGGAGAAGGCUGGUGUGAAGUUGGUGACGCCAACGACGCCGACGUCUUCAGGGGACGAGGGCGAGAUGUGCCUGCCGGAUGGGCCUCUGAUGCGUGACGAACGAAGCCGACGACGUGCCAUCCGCAAUGUGACGAACGCGUACGUAUGUCACGCGGAGGCGCUGGGGAUUGCUCCUGCGGAGGUGGCGACUGUCGUUGGCGCCUCUGAUGGAGAGGUGGUUAGCCGCCUAAGCCGCACACCGAAGAAGCGAGCUCGCAGUUCGGGGUCGUCGGACAGUGGGUCCGUGUAG